AUGUACUACAUAGUGCGAAAAGCAGUGACGUAUGAUGAAGAAAUACUUUCUAGUAACAAGCGCAAG